AUGCCAGGCCCGCAGGGGACCAGAAGAGCUCCCACCAUGAACCUGGGCAAGCUCUCGGUGGGCUGGGUGUCCGACGCGCCGGGAAAGAGGAGGCUGACGGCAGAUAUGAUCAGCCCCCCGCUUGGGGACUUCCGCCACACCAUGCAUGUGGGACGCGGAGGGGACGUCUUUGGAGACACCUCCUUCCUCAGCAACCACGGAGGCAGCUCUGGGGGCACCCACCGCUCGCCCCGCAGCUUCUUGGCCAGGAAGCUGCAGCUGGUGCGCAGGGUGGGGGUGCCGCCCCGCAGGGUGGCCUCCCCGCCUGCACCCUCGCCCGCCCCGCCUGCCGUGUCCCCCAUCAUCAAGAAUGCCAUCUCCCUGCCCCAGCUCAACCACGUCGCCUACGACAGCCUGGUGGUGGGCAAGCUCAGCUUCGACAGCAGCCCCAGGGGCUCCAGGGACGGCACCUCCAGCUACGGCCUGGAGUCUGGGUUCUGCACCAUUUCUCGCCUGCCCCGCACGGAGAAGCCCCGCGACCGUGACCUUGACCGUAACCGGGAACGGGAACGAGAAAGCACCUUCCCUUCAGAGCCAGAACUCCGCCGUUCUGACUCCCUCCAGUCCUUUCGCCUUGACCUUGAUCUUGGACCCUCCCUCCUCAGCGAGCUGCUAGGGGUCAUGAGCCUCUCAGAAGCUCCAGCAGCUGGGACCCCCACCCCAGUGCCCGUCAUGACCCCUGCAACUCCUACCACAAACCCCCCAGCACCUGCUAUAAAUUCCCCAGCCUCGGUCACUAACCCCUCAAGUGGACACUACCCCAAUGGGGUAACUGCUGGAUCAGGGACUGAGAUGAGGCCCAAGGCAGCCCCAGAGGGUCCCAAUGCACCUGCUGACAUGGCCCCCAGCAGGCGCUGGGGAGCCAGCCACCACUACACUGCGACAGAUGCCCGGUGGGAGCAGGUGGAGGCACCCCAGGUGCGGGCCUCCUGGGAGAGCCUGGAUGAAGAGUGGGGGGUCCAGGCUGGCAGCAGGGCCCCUGUGCCCAGCACAGUCCAAGCAAACGCCUUUGUGUUUGCGGAUGCUGAGGAAGAUGAUGAGGUCAAAGUGUGA